UUUAAUAAUAAACAAAAAAUUUUGAAAAUUUUUGUACGAAAAAAUAUUUUUGCGUAAAUUUCAAAACAAAAAUUCUUAACUAAACUCUGUCAAAUCAAACAACCGUUAUUCGUUCAUUGACAAUACGAGAACCAAUAUCCAAACGAUGACGGCAAAACUGAAAUCCGAAUGCAGUGAGAAGGCAAGGGAGACCAUCAGCGAAGAGAAGUUGAAAGAUUUACUCACCGAACAGUUGGAACGUGUCGGCACUGGCGGCGCUUUUGUUUGGAGCCUCUUUUUCCUCUGCGUUACACCGAACAUACUCAAUGGCUUCCACGUGUCUUCCUACACGCUACUGGGCCACUUACCCGAAGAUCAAUGGUGUGCCGUCGCCAAUCUACAGUCGACCAAUUGGACCGUGGAGCAACAGCGUAACAUAGCACAAAACAAUCUCAAUACAGAUGGUUGCACCAUAUGGCAGUAUGACUACCCGAAACUGGCGGCUAUGACAUACGAAGAGGCACUGCACUACACCACACAACAAACGGCGAACGGCAAGCCGGCAGAGAUACCAUGUAAAAUGGAAGGUGAAUACGCGUACUCAGAUGCCGACACUACAUUUGUGGCAGACUGGGAUUUAGUAUGUGAUAAUGCCAUACAACGUACCACGGCGCAGGUUGCCAUAUCGUUGGGAAAAUUUUUCGGCUCCUUCUCGUUUGGCAUAUUUGCGGAUAGAUUUGGUCGUAAAACUGCCUUCAGUGUAGGCGCCAUCCUUUACAUUGUGGCGAGCUUAUUAUGCACAUUUUCGCCCUGGUAUCAGCUCUUCUUAGUGGGCCGCUUUGGUUUGGGUUCGGCCUCCUCGGCGCUCUUCUAUCCCGCUUUUGCUAUGAUUGUGGAGAACGUGUGCCUGCGACAUCGCUCCUGGAUGUCGAUCGCCUUUUCGGGCUCCUAUCCGAUUGGCUUGAUCAUGCUUGCGGUGAUCGCAUAUCUGGUGCCGCAAUGGCGCUAUGUGCAGUUGGCGCUCACAAUGCCGGCGCUUUUGCUCAUCUUUAAUUGCUAUUUGAUGAAUGAAUCGCCACGUUGGCUUAUAACGAAGAAACGGUACGCGCAGGUCUACAGAAUUUUGUUCAAAGAGGAAUGCCAUUAUGAAAUUCAGAAAGCGCCCAUUGAAGCCAUCACCGAUAAGAAAGCCGAGGCACAGCCUGAGCCAGCAACAACACUCUGGGUUAAAUUAAGAGAAGGCCCAUUCAAGCAAUUCCAUGAACUUUUCGGCACAUGGAAGGUGCGUCGUCUCAUAUUUACCGCAUAUUUUAUGUUUUGUGUAACCUCACUCAGUUACUAUGUCACAGCGUUGAACGCCGCUAAUAUGUCGGUUAGUCGUUUCAUUUAUGUCGGCAUUACCGGUAUAGUGGACCUGCCCUCAUAUCUGUUGCCAGUAAUAAUGCUGCGUUUCACGGGUCGUCGCACAACUACAAUGUCACUGUUUAUGCUAACCGGAGUGGCCUUACUGAUGGUGUUGGCUGUACCCAGCGACAAUGCUGUAUGGAUAAUAUCCUUUGCUAUGUUGGGUCGUUUCGGUAUUACCGCUACAUAUUCCAUUGUUACCCUAUAUACUGCCGAGCUAUUUCCCACCGAAAUAAGAAAUUCUGCUCUAGGCACAUGCUCAACGUGGGCGCAUGUGGGCUCCAUCUCAGCGCCAUACGUGGUGGAUGUGUUGGGCUUACUCGGCUGGUAUAUUCCAACGACUAUUUGCGGUUGCCUUGUGUUAGUAGCCGGUCUGCUGACGCUCACUCUGCCCGAAACCAGUACCCACAAACUGGUUGAUCGCGUUGAGGAAGUACCCUCUGAAUCGGAAUCGAGCACUGAAGACAACACAACUUCUACUACUGUGGCCAAAGCGAAAGAACUCGAAAAUUCUAAAAAAAUUUAAUUUGUUUUUUAAUACAUACAUUUUCUGCACAUACACAUACUUCUAUAUAUAAGUACAUAGAUACAUAAGUAAAUAAUUAUAUAAUAUUUACAAUUAUGUCAACUAGAAAUUGCAAGAGUUUUGCAAAUGUUCCAUUGUUUGUAUUUUAAAAUAGCUUAUAAAUUAACAACUAAGAUAAACCCAACAUAUUAUGGCUAGUGUUAUAUAUUACAUGUAUAAUUUAUGUUAUGAGUGAUUAAAUACAAAAAUU